CUCGCUCCAACUUAGUUAGAUGACCGGAGUUUCCAUAUUCGUAAAAGACAAAAAUAGCCCGAAUAAUAGAGCACACCAACAGGCAGGGUUUUGCCGCGUGUCAACGGCUUCAAAGCUCAUUGCUGCAGUGACGGCUGCCGGAGACAGAGUUUCGGCCACUUCCGGCGGAGGCGCAUUGUUUCUUGCUUAAAGAGAUCAGUGCGUUUAACAAUUCCAAAUUUAAUCUGCUUUCUCUGUUGUUCCAAUCAAGGCUUUCUUUUUGCUACCAACACCAAUUGUAGGUUGAGAAUGGCUUCCUCCAGCAGAAAGCCGCAUGAUCAUUGCAAAGGGAGUGCUGACACAGCCCAAGUUGGGAGUGAAAGGCAGGAGCUUGUUCAUGAUGAAGAGGAAACAUGCUUGGACACGAUGAUUGAAGCCGAUGACUUCGACAGGGACAAUGUUGACAAAUGUGUAGGGUUGGCCAACAGCUUUGUAGAGUCUGAAGUACUUCGAGCUGAGGAUGUGCUACAUAUGGAGUUCAACAAUCCGGAGGAAGCUAGUCGCUUCUAUAAUGAGUAUGGGCGAGCUAGGGGUUUCUCUAUAAGGCAGGGAAAGAAGAUAAAAAACAGUAAAGGGGAAUUUGUUCGAUACACCUAUCUCUGCAACAGAGAAGGAUUUAGAGAUAAGAAGUGGUUGGAGAAAAGUGAUCGCAAGAGGGAGCACAAGGUUGUAACCCGUUGCGGCUGUCUUGCCGAGAUGAGGAUUAAGAGGAAAGCUGAGAGUGGGAAAUGGUAUGUGUCACGCUUUGUGGAUGAACAUAACCAUGAGGCUGUUCCAGCAAGGUACCUGUUGGGACCGGAAAGAGUUGAUGUCAAUCAAACUGGUGACAUGACAGCAUUUUACAGAACCAGAUUGUUGAGAAUGGCUUCCUCUAGCAGAAAGCUGCAUGAUCAUUGCAAAAGGAGUGCUGACACAAUCCAAGUUGGGAGUGAAAGGCAGGACCUUGUUGAUGAUGAAGAGGAAACAUCCUUGGACACAGUUAAUGAACCCGAUGACAUCGACGGGGACAAUGUUGACAAGUGUGUAAGGUUGGACGAUGGCUUUAUAGAGUCUGAAGUCCUUCGAGCUGAGGAUGUACUACAUAUGGAGUUCAAUGAUCCUGAGGAAGCUAGUCGCUUCUACAAUGAGUACGGGCGAGCUAAGGGUUUUGCUAUAAGGCAGGGAAAGAAGAUAAAAAACAGUAAAGGGGAAUUUGUUCGGUACACUUAUCUCUGCAACAGAGAAGGAUUUAGAGACAAGAAGUGGUUGGACAAAAGUGAUCGAAAGAGGGACCACAAGGCUGUAACCCGUUGCGGCUGUCUUGCCGAAAUGAGGAUUAAGAGAAAAGCUGGGAGUGGGAAAUGGUAUGUGUCGCGGUUUGUUGACGAACAUAACCAUGAGGCUGUUCCGCCAAGGUACCUGUUGGGACCGGGAAGAGUUGUCAAUCAAACUGGCGACAUGACAGCGUUGUACAGAACCAGAGUGGAUGCAUUUGUGCAUCUGUGUAAGCGUUUAGCAAAGGCAGCUUGCUUGACGGAUGAGGACUACAAGUUGUAUACCGAUAGGAUUUUGAGAGAUACAAUUUUAUUAGAAAUCAAGAACGGGUUGGGUGUUGAGGUCGUGAGAGGAAGUAAUGUCAAUGCUGAGGUAGCAAAGGAUCCAAUCCACGUGGGGACAAAGGGAACAGGUUGUGCCAACGAAGCAUCUGGUUCAAAGGGAACAAAGAAACGCAAGUGCAGCACCUGGGGCCGUCGUGGGCAUCGCAGGACUAGGUUCCCGAAUGGGUCGCCAUCAGCUGCAUUGCCUGGUGAAGAUGCUGUACAAGACCGCACGGGCCACAGGCUUCAAAAUGUUCGUAUCGAGUGAGCCUUUUUUGACAUACUGAUUUUGUGUGGCAGUUAGAGUUUUUGUGCCUGGGGAAUAUUGCACGGGUUUGUUUCUUUUUCGUUUGAGUGUGUGUAUGCUGUUAAUAUUAUUGCAUAUUUGGUGAUAUAUUGCAAUGCAGGGAGUGAUGGGCCAGCAAGAAUUUGUGAAGCGGAAAAGGACAGUUGACUUUCUGCCUCCGGUAUCGUUUGCCAAGUUUCUUUGAUGCAGUUGUUGAUAAUUAAGCGUUUUUAUGUUUUGUAUGGUUUAGGAAAGCAACUCUUACCUAUUGAACUACCUACUUGUUCACUAAAGCUAGAUCAUGUUUUUGGAUUGUAAUGUGGAAUGUGUAUUUUGCAGAGUAGUCUGGUUUAGGAACCCCAAACUCUUGUUGGUAGACACUGUAAGAUAUGUAGGAUCGUUAAUUUAACCUAGUAAGUGAGAUGAGCUUUGGUACUUGGAAUUAGUUGUUGUUGUAA